AUGCGACGUCCGAGGUACUUGAGGCGCAUACAGGACUAUAUGUUUUGGAAAAGGCGACUUCAUUUGCUUCGAAGGCGCAGACAGCAUGCCCAUUUGUUGCGGGAAUCGCAAGAUUGCAAUCGCGUUUUACCUUCAGUGGAAUCCGACAUUCGGCUGAACAAUCAAACUGAGAAGUCAGGGUUGAAUGAUGCAGCAAGUCCUUCAGGUGCCUCUGAUGCUCCGCCCGACGCUCUAUCCGACACUCAUUCUGAACCAGAAGACGUCAGGGUGCACGAGAUUAUACAAGAAGCAGUGGCAGCUCUACGCAAUGAAUCACAACAGUAUGAAGAGCCCGAAUCCGAACCCCAGUUACAGACUAUGUUACAUCCAGUGCACCCGGUUGGCAACGAAGAUUCCGAUUUUCAUUCACGGCUAGAGGAUCCGUUGGGCGACCAGCCAGCUGAGACCUACAUCCCGACUACAAUGAACGACCCGUCGGAGGUCCUAGUCCACGCGCGUGCGGAGCCUGAUGAAAUGCUGCACCACUUCACGCUCGCUUUAGGAUUAUGGUGCGAAAAAUCGGGAAUAUCUCGCCAACACUACCAGGCACUGCGGGAAGUCCUACAGAUUCCCGAAGACACCGGUGUACUGAGAUCUCUACCAUUGGGGCUGAGCACGUUGAAGAAGAAAUGCAGAGCUCAUCGGACGGACAUCAGGUGA